AUGAGAGCGAGAACAGCAUCAGAAGAAAGAGAUCUCGUAAGCGCUCCGACACAGAGGAAGACAGCGCCUGGGAUUCCUCCUACAGUGAGGAAAAGGCUGACGUUGGGUCCGGUUGUGAGGCGGGUCUGCGGCAAAGGCCUCGUCCAAGGACUAUUUUUCAGGCAGGACUGACAGCUCACAGUAAACCCCGCAACAGAGAGGGGGGACAUAGCAAACAGGAUCACAACAACCUGGUUUCUAAUGUUCCUGAGGGUCCCGCACUAGAACUCAUGGAACAGGACUCUAAAGACUCCGCACAGAGCAGCACCACAUCCAUCUCGACAACUGACACAGUCAGCCAACCUGAGUACAAGGAUAAUAAAGGCUUUGGUAUUGGAGAGUUAGUCUGGGGCAAGAUAAAGGGCUUUUCUUGGUGGCCAGGGAUGGUGGUGACCUGGAGAGCAACAGGGAAGAGGCAGGCCUCCCACGGCAUGCGCUGGCUACAGUGGUUUGGCGAUGGGAAAUUCUCAGAGGUGUCUGCUGACAAACUCGACUGCAUCACAGCCUUCCCAAAGUUUUUCAACCAGUCAUCCUACACCAAGCUGGCCUCCUACCGCAGAGCGAUCUUCCAAGCCCUGGAGGUGGCUAGUAUACGAGCAGAAAAGACUUUUCCUCCAUGUGAGUCAGACAGUCUUGAAGAACAGAUAAAGCCCACGCUCGACUGGGCUCAUAACGGCUUUCUGCCCAAAGGUCAGGAGGGCCUGAAACCCAGAGAGAACGCAGCUGAGUAUUGUGUUUUUCCCCUGGCCUCAGAGAGCUCAGCGCUGCUGGACUCCAGCUCUCCGGAGUUCCCCCCCUCUGCCAAGAGAGCUCGUCUCAGCCUCUGUAAGGCCAAACCUGGCACUGAGGACGUCUACAGCAGAGAACAAAUGGUCCAUGAAGUUUUGAAGAAUCACAGAAGUAUAGAAGAGUUCUGCCUCUCUUGUGGAAAGACGAGAGUGGCGACCUUUCACCCGCUGUUUGAAGGAGGCCUUUGCCUAACAUGCAAGGAUGUUUAUUUGGAAAUCUCCUACAUGUAUGAUGAUGAUGGCUACCAGUCGUACUGCACCGUGUGCUGUGGCGGCAGAGAGGUGCUGCUCUGUGGAAACGCCAACUGCUGCAGGUGUUUCUGUGUGGACUGUCUGGAUAUAUUAGUGGGAGCAGGAGCGGCCAACAGCGCUCGUGAUCUGGACCCAUGGCGCUGCUACAUGUGUCAGCCUCUGCAGCAGUACGGCGUGUUAAAGAAACGCCACGACUGGAGCCUGAAACUACAAGAGUUCUUCGUCAAUGACAAUGGACAGGAGUUUGAAAGUCCAAAGAUUUACCCUGCGGUCCCAGCAGAACAGAGACGUUCAAUCAGAGUCCUUUCACUGUUUGAUGGCAUUGCCACAGGUUAUCUAGUGCUUAGAGACUUGGGCUUUAAGGUUGAUGUGUACAUUGCAUCAGAAGUAUGUGAGGACUCCAUUUCAGUGGGAGUUGUCCGGCAUGAAGGAAAAAUCCAGUAUGUGCACGACGUACGCAACAUCACCAGAAAAAAUAUUGCUGAAUGGGGGCCGUUUGACUUGGUGAUUGGUGGAAGUCCCUGUAAUGACCUUUCGAUUGUCAACCCUGCCAGGAAAGGCCUGUACGAGGGGACUGGACGCCUGUUUUUUGAGUUCUACCGCCUCUUGAGUGAAGCCAAACCGAAGGAAGGGGAAGACCGACCUUUCUUCUGGAUGUUUGAGAAUGUGGUCGCCAUGAGCGUCAAUGAUAAGAGAGACAUCUCACGAUUCCUGGAGUGUAAUCCAGUGAUGAUUGACGCCAUUGAGGUAUCAGCUGCACACAGGGCACGUUAUUUCUGGGGAAACCUGCCAGGAAUGAAGAGACCGCUGUGUGCGUCUGGGAUGGAUAAAUUAGAGCUUCAGGACUGUUUGGAACAUGGCCGUGUUGCCAAGUUUGGUAAGGUACGCACCAUCACAACACGAUCCAACUCCAUCAAACAGGGCAAAGACCAACACUUCCCUGUCAUGAUGAACGGCAAAGAGGACAUCCUGUGGUGCACUGAGCUCGAGAGGAUUUUUGGCUUUCCUGUCCACUACACUGAUGUGUCCAACAUGGGCCGUGGCGCCAGACAGAAGCUACUGGGACGGUCUUGGAGUGUUCCUGUAAUCCGGCACCUGUUCGCCCCAUUGAAGGACUACUUUGCCUGUGAAUAA